UUGUCCAUUACUUGUUUGCAAAAAGUUCGACCCCGGAUCUAUUUAGAGUUCUCUAUUUCUUUUUCUCUAUUUCCGAAUCUGUAACUCUUUUUCUUUGCCCUUUAUAACAGACUUAUUACAAUGAAAAUCAUCGACAAAAUUCAUAAUGCAGAGAAAGAACGCCGUAGCUUCUGGUCCUUUGAGUAUUUUCCACCGAAAACCGAAAUGGUAUGGUAGUGUUUUGCUGUCUAAGUGAAGCACAAAGUUCUAAAAAAAACCUGAUGGCCAUGUUCAUUCCAACUUUUUGAGAAUUUAGGGACUUCACAAUUUAUAUGACCGUAUGGAGAGGAUGCAAAGAUUCGGUCCCGAAUUCAUCGAUGUCACUUGGGGCGCAGGUGGUUCAUCAGCAAAACUGACAACUGAAAUCGUGGGAACAGCACAAUCGGUAUAUGGCUUAGAAACUAUGAUGCACUUGACAUGUACUAACAUGCCUGUAGAGAAAAUAGAUUCAGCUUUAAAGGCUGCAAAAGCUUUCGGCUGUCAAAAUAUUUUAGCAUUGCGGGGUGAUCCCCCAAAAGGACAGAAAAAUUGGGAAUUAUGCGAAAACGGAUUCACAUUUGCCAUAGAUUUAGUACGUUAUAUACGAGAAAAAUAUGGUGAUUAUUUCUGUAUAGCAGUUGCAGGUCAUCCUGAAGGCCAUAUCAACAAUGAAAGUAAACAAGACGAUUUGAGGAGACUAAAAGAAAAAGUGGAUGCCGGAGCUGACUUGAUCGUUACUCAACUUUUUUUUGAUGUCGACAUUUUCAUACAGUUUGUCCGACGAUGCCGUGAGAUCGGUAUCACUUGUCCAAUCUUGCCAGGCAUUUUCCCUAUUCAGAGUUACGGUGGUUUGAAACGCGUCGUUUCGUUCAAUAAUAAUGUAGUGCCCGAUAAAAUCUGGAAAGAACUUGAUCCCAUUAAGGACGAUGAUCAAGCAGUGAAGGAUUAUGGAAUUGAUCUAGCAGUGCAAUACAUUGAAAAGAUACGAGAAGAAACAGGUAUACAAGGAUUUCACAUAUAUACUUUCAAUUUGGAGCGAUCGUCACGAUUGAUUCUGGAGAGAUUAAAGCUUGUACCCGAACAAGAACACGUCAAACCAUUACCAUGGAAUCCUUCCCUUGGAUUGAAUCGAACCAAAGAAAAUGUACGACCUAUCUUUUGGAAAAACCGUUCUCAUAGCUACAUCCAACGUACUGAAUCAUGGGAUGAAUUUCCUAACGGUCGCUGGGGAGAUUCACGCUCUCCAGCUUUUGGUGAAUUCGACCGCUGGGGAGUAUCUAUUAAAUAUCCGAUUGAGAAGCGUUUAGCCUUAUGGGGUGAGCCUACGUCUGUUGAUGAAAUUGCUCUCUUGUUUGCUCGUUAUUGUAAAGGAAAAUUGGAGGGCCUACCAUGGAGUGCACAAAAGUUAGACCCUGAAACAGACAUUAUCAAGCAAAGGUUGGCGGCUAUCAAUUUACUAGGCUAUUUAACAAUUAACUCCCAGCCAGCUGUAAAUGGUGCGAAGAGCAGUGAUCCUAUUUACGGCUGGGGCCCUAAGAAUGGAUACGUCUUUCAAAAGGCAUAUCUAGAGUUUUUUGUUCCUCAUGAUAAGUUGGACGACUUAACAAAGAAGAUUGAAAAAGAUCCAGAAGUAACCUAUUUUGCAGUAAACAAUAAGGGUGAUUUGAAAACAAAUGCACCGAGUGAUGAACCUAAUGCGGUAACAUGGGGUGUAUUUCCAGGUAAGGAGAUCAUUCAGCCUACUAUUGUGGAAAAAACAGCGUUCAUGGCAUGGAAGGAUGAAGCAUUUGCUUUAUGGUAUGAGUGGGCUCAUACUUACGAUCGCAAGAGCGUUACAGCAGAAAUUAUCUUGGAUAUUUACAAUAAUUGGUAUCUGGUCAACAUUGUGCAUAAUGACUUCCAAAAUGAAAGUGGUAUUUGGCGCUUAUUCGAUCUUGAGAUAGACGGUGAUUUAUCUAAAAAAUUACGACAUACUUCUUCUCAUACUACCUUUUGAUUUUGAAGUUGUUUCGCAUAGUCAACAUGCUGUAACAUAAGUAAUAAACUGCGUAACCAUAAUAUACCAAUAUGGGACUUUUUUCAAAGCAACUUUUUCUCCGUAACCAAAGGAGCCGAAAAAGCAUUUAAUUUCAACAAAUGACGCUGUUUCUAACUGCCAUCUUCAGGUCGUCAUUUUAUAUCACUUGAAUCGUACACGCCUUAGCAUGCAAAUAAAUAAUAAAUCUUAAUUAGUCAAGAAAAAAGAAUGCAACUGCUGCAAGACAG